UGGAGCGAGAGGGAGGUGGUGGUAGUGGGCGUGGCCGUGGAGAGGCCACACCUCUCCUCCGGGGAUCCCCGCCCACUUUCUUUCCCCAUCUUGAGGGCCUGUGAGGGGGCUUCGAGGGCAGGGAAAAUGGGCGCGGAGCGGAAGCCGCGCUCUAGGGUUUCCCUCAGGCACUUUGGGGGCAGGGGUUGGGGUUUUUAAAAUAGUAAUAAUAAUAAUAAUAAUGACGCCGACGACGACAAUAAUACUGAGCUGAGAUGCUCUGGUCAGAGGCGAAGUGACCAAUGGUGGGAAAAGGAUCACUUCAGCUGCUGAAAUUGCCACCUUUUUCUUAAAAAAUAAAAUUUUAAAAAUUGUUUUCCUGAACUGGACAGCAGUGCCUUUUAGCAGAGUCAAUAUAUUACUGAUAUAGCUGCACGUUUGUUUAUUUAUUUGUUUUGAGGGAGAAGCUUCAUGUCCUGAGGCUCUUAAUAAAGAAAUAAUGUGUCCCUCAAGAAACUGAAACCCUCUAAAAAGCACACUUGUCUUCCAUUCUCUUGGACUUCAUGUGGGCAAAUGGCAAAUGCUGAAGUAAGCAUCCCUGUAGGGGAUGUUGUCGUUGUGCCAACUGAAGGAAAUGAAGGGGGAAACCCAGAAGAUACCAAAACUCAGGUGAUAUUACAACUGCAGCCAGUGCCACAAGGCAGGGUUUAUCAAGAGAGCUCUGAGACCAGUACGGCUGUAGUGGCCGUGGAAACGCACACCAUACACAAGCUUGAAGAAGGCAUUGACCCCAGCACCAUCGAAACAAAUGAAGAAAUUGAGAUUGCCUACCCCAUCACCUGUGGAGAGAGCAAAGCCAUUCUGCUGUGGAAGAAAUUUGUUUGCCCAGGAAUCAAUGUCAAAUGUGUCAAGUUCAAUGAUCAACUUAUCAGCCCAAAGCAUUUUGUUCAUCUGGCUGGCAAAUCUACGCUGAAGGACUGGAAGAGAGCCAUUCGCCUGGGAGGAAUCAUGCUGAGAAAGAUGAUGGAUUCUGGGCAAAUUGACUUCUACCAGCAUGACAAGGUUUGCACAAACACCUGUCGCAGCACCAAGUUUGACCUCCUGAUCAGCAGUGCCAGGGCACCGGUGCCAGGGCAGCAAAGCCUGGUACAGACUCCCACCUCCGCUGACGGAAGCAUCACUCAAAUUACAGUGUCUGAGGAGAGUGUGGAGGAAGGGAUUGAAUGGAACCGUGCUCUGACAGCAGCAGUCACCAUGGCAACUGAGGAGGGAAUCAAGAAGGACCCAGAGGAGAUUUCAGAGGACACACUGAUGUUCUGGAAAGGAAUCGCUGAUGUGGGGUUGAUGGAAGAAGUUGUCUGCAACAUUCAGAAGGAGAUAGAAGAGGUGCUGAGAGGUGUUCAGGAGAGGCUUGGCCAGUCACCCUUCCAGGUUACCGAUGCUGCUGUCCUAAAUAAUGUUGCUCACACUUUUGGCCUGAUGGACACUGUCAAGAGAGUGCUGGACAACAGGAAGAGUCAAACGGAGCAGGGAGAAGAACAGAUUCUUUAUACUCUGGCAGACCUGGACCGCCAGCUGGAGGAGCAGAAGAAGUUUGCCAGGGAUCAGAAGCUAAAGUCCCAGACUGUUCAGAACGUGGUCCUCAUGCCUGUCAGCACUCCCAAGCCGCCUAAGAGGCCCCGGCUGCAGCGUCCAGCCUCGGCCACCGUCCUGAGCCCUUCCGCCCCCAUCCAGCAGCCUCAGUUCACAGUGAUUUCGCCCAUCACCAUUGCACCCAUGGGGCAGCAGUUCUCUGUGAGCAACAUUCCAAUGGCAACCAUCAGCCAGGGCUCCAGCCCAGUGACUGUCCAUACUUUGCCAUCAGGCUCACAGUUGUUCCGCUACGCCACGAUGGUCUCUUCCUCCAAGACCAGCUCCUCCGACACGGUGACCCUUCACCCGUCUUCCAGCUUGGCCCUGCUGAGUUCAGCUGCCAUGCAGGACAGCAGCACCCUUGCCAAUGUGGCCACAGUGGUGAAUCCUGUGGAACUGGUGGCCAUGGAGUCUGGCCUGACCUCUACUCUCCAGGCUGUCGAGGGCACUUCAGACGAAGGACAGACCAUCAUAGAAAUAGACCCGGCACCUGAUCCGGAAGCUGAGUCGGAGGAAUCCGGGGCUAAAGCUGUGAUUCUGGGAACAGAACUGAGGACUGAGGAGAAGGUGGUGGCUGAGGUCGAUGAGCACCAGCAUCAGGUCCACAACGUAGAGAUUGUGGUCUUGGAGGACUAGCCAAGAAGCCAGAUUGUAAUGUUGCUUUGGGGUUCAUCGAUUGUUUAUUUGUUUUGCCUUCCUUUUUUCUUUCCUUUUUUACAGCCUUUCAGGUAAGUUCCCAUAGGAUAUUAAAGGAAAACAAAGAUUUUCACAUGGGAGAGAGCAGCGUCCAUUUUUACUGAAGGGGGAAGGGAAAGGAAACUUAUUAUCCUGCCUAAUCCUAAGCACUCCCACAGAAGGGAAACAAGCCCCUGCUGUUACUGAGAUCGCACAGCGUGUGAUUACAGCCCAUAGACCCAGUUUUGAAAAAGACACUUUGUCUACACCUUGUUUACACUUCAACUGUUUUGUCUUAGAAAUUAAUGAAGCCGGGUACCCGAAAUGCAUCUGACUAAUGGAUGAGAGUGAUUGUGAGGAAAUGGGAUCCUUACUUAUUCCUCAGCUCUCAACCACCGUAAGAAAUUACGUUCUGUGUUACCUUAUCAACUGUGCUAGACUUUUGAUUUUUGCAGAGAGGGGGAGAAAAAGAAAUUGCAACCCCCCCACCUCAUCCCGAUUUGAGAGACCACAGUCCCCUUCACUCAGAUGCUGACGUUUUUUGUUUGUCUUCAUCUUUCUGCAGCAGCUCACACCCUUGAACUGUUUUUGCCCUUUUGUGCCUCCUAGAACUGGAUACUCAGCUCUCCCUUUUCAAACCUUCCCCGGUGAUUUUUAUUUUCAAUAGGUGCAGUUACGAGACUUUCAAGAAUUGCUUAAACCUUGCACGCACACGCACACAUACACACAAAUCAGACAUAGCACCCAAGCACCACCUGCCCUUUUGAGUAUUGGAUUGUCGUCCUGGAUGUGUCAAAUGUGGGUUGUGCUGUUGCUGUGGGCUCAGCAGGCCAAGUAUACCUGCUGCUUACUCUGCAUGCUGGGAACCAUACCAAGCUUACUAGAUAAAUAUAUAAAUAUAUAUAUAUACAUAUACGUGUGUGUGUGUGUGUAUGCAUGUUUGGUGUUCCUAACACUUUGAGAAAUUGGUCAAUAGAAUUCUAGCCUGGCCCAUCACUUCAGCAAUGUGACUGCCUGGUCUCUCCCUCCCUCCCUCCCUCCCUCCCUCCCUCCCUCCCUCUCUCUCUCGUUUCCUUAAGGAAAGGGGAAGGAGUGAAAAGGGAUCCCCCCCCCUCCCACUUGGUUCAUUUCUUAAAAAUUGGAAAAAUGAGAAGACUUUGGGGGAAUCUGUUUGACAGAAAUUUCUAAAGCCAGCAGUAAGAAUACAAUACUUCGGGGCAUGGGUGGAGUGCCAUUUGUUUUUUUGUUUGUUCAUUUUUUGCAUUAAAAAUUAAAACAGAAAACAAAGGCUAACUG